AUGCCACUCCACCCUGUCAAACGCCUUUUCGGCGUCCAGCGAGAUAGCAGCCAUGGGAGAGGCAUUAUCCUGAGUGGCCCACAUAAUAUCAAGAAGUCUUCUGAUGUUGUCAGCCGAGGAGCGCGAACGUAUAAAGCCGACCUGGUCAGGAUGGAUCAAGGAGGUUAUUACCUUGUCCAGACGAGUAGCCACUCCUCUGCUCUUGCUACUGCCACAGGCAGCCGCCACAAAGCCCACCCAAUCACCCCGGAGCUUUUGAGAUUCUUGUGCCGCUAUGACCGUGCCCCACCCACCCUGCACCUGAUGUCCUGCCCAGAAUCAGGCAGUGACGACCACCCAACCUCCUACCUGCCCGACACGAGCGAUGAGGUGAGUGCCACAGUGUUUGGAGGCGAGGAGGAGCGACCGGGCAGCGAUUCGGCUGAACGUCGAAAGGCUUCCCACCGAGCAGUCCUGGAGAAAAAGCUGAGCAUCGCAGAGCGCGCGGUGGCCACCAACCCCAGCUGCAUAGCUCUGCAGCUGGAGAGGCUCAGGAUCUGCCAGGAGCUCUGGGAGCCCUCGCUUCUGGCUAAAGAGUGGAAGAAGUUGGUGUUCCUCCACCCAAACAGUGCCCCCUUGUGGAGGGAGUAUCUGCUGUUCACCCAGAGCUACUUCAGCAACUUCACUGUGUCAAAGGUCAACUCGGCCUAUGGGAAGUGUCUCAGCACACUCAGUGCUGUGCGUGAUGGUAGCAUGGUCUCACACCCGGCCCUGCCAGGGAUUGAGGAGGACAUGUUAGAUAUCUUCACCCAGCAGUGUCACUUCCUGCGUCAGUCUGGUCACUCAGAGAAGGCGAUUUCUCUGUUCCAGGCUAUGACUGAUUUUACUUUCUACAAACCUGACAGCGUGCGAGAACUGUCCACCAAGCAGCAGGUUGAGUUCUUUGAGCCGUUUUGGGACAGCGGGGAGGCGAGGGUUGGAGAGUUGGGGGCCAGAGGUUGGAAAGCCUGGAUGCUCCAACAAGAGCGAGGAGGGUGGCUGCAGCCCAGUGCAGAGGAGGAAGAGGACGAGGAAGAGGACGAGGAGGAGGUGAAGGACCGGAGCCUGCCCAGAGGGACAGUCUGGUUGCAUGUGGAGUCGUCUCGCGAAGCAGAUCACUGGCUGCCAUGGAGGCCUGAUAAAGCCAAGGGUCAGUCAGAAGAGGACUGCGAGGACCCGGACAGACAGGUGCUUUUCGACGACAUCGGCCCGUCCCUAAUUUGUCUGUCUUCACCAGAGCUCCAGCUCCGUCUUAUUCUCCAUUUCUUGUCAUUCCUGGGGCUGCCCGUAGACUCUGUACUCUCUGCUUCCCCCUGUCAGCCUAGCCUGCUGCUGGAGAAUCUUUCUCUGCUCACUCAGGGUAAUGAGCUUCAGCGUCCUCUGACCUCCUACGACCUACCUGACCCCGGGGUUAACUCUGUAGGUCACAUGACCAAUCUCCAGGGAACAAGAAAGUGGGUGGGGCUUGGGAAGCAGGGCGAGACAUUUGUCACCAAUGUGUUCAAUAUGAUCCAACCUGUCCUUCCUGCCCGCCACCGAGCCAUCCUCUCACUCAGCUGGACGCAGUACCAGAAACUCAAGGUCUUGCGCUGCCUGCGUGGCGGCAACAAAAAGCGCCUCCGCUCUCAGGGCAAGAGCAGCAAGCGGGUUACCAAACAACUGCUCAAAGAACCCGACAACCGCUCAUCGUUGGUGCUGUGGCGGGAGUACGCCCACCUGGAGUGGAUGCUGGGCAACCUCGACGAGGCUCACAAGGUCUUCUCCACGGCCACAGCGAUAGGGGGAACCAAAGGGCUGCGGAGCCCCAGCCUCUGUGAGCUGUGUCUGCUGUGGGCCCAGCUGGAGGUGGAGGACGGGGCAAGUGUGCGAGGAGGAGGACUAACUGAUGUCACCAUGUCCCCAGCUGUGUGUGUACUAACCAGGCUAGCAGAAGGAGCCUCCUCAUCCUCCCAGUCCCUCUCUCCGGUUUCCAUCCUGAAAGCCAGGAAGUCGUAUGAACAGGCUCUGACUGCCAGCUUGACCGCCCUGGACCAAAACCCCCACAACCCUCAGGCCAACAGAAAAGGUCAGGAGGACCAGCUUGGAGAGAAGCUGAGGAUGAGAGGCCUGGUAGGCUGCUACGCUCUGUUCCAGUACCUGACAAUGGGUAUCCAAGCAGCCAACGCUGUCUACAGCCAGGCUAGAGAGAGGAUGGAGGAGCUGCACUGCACACUUGGCGAGCAGCUGAACAGUAACGAGGAGGCCAGCCUUGCUAGCGCUGAUGCUAGCCAGUCUGCAGCUGAAUCCAGCCAAACCAGCAGGCACUGUGUUGACAGGCUAGCCUCUGAGUGUGAGGCAUUAGCAGUGCAACAGGCAGCGUUGCUUAGGUACCACAACAGCAUCAGUGUGUUUCCACUGGCAACACUUAGACAGACGCUGACCUCUGCCCUCUCCACCUGGCACUGCAGCGCACCUCUCUGGAGUAUAUAUGUACAGGUGGAGAACCGUUACCAUAGUGCUGGCCGGGCGCGUCGCUUUUUUUACUCUGUAACCAGAGACAGCAGCAGUGCGGUGCCACGCCUGUUUGCCAUUGUGGCUGAACAACAAAGGAAGCAGCUGGUGGACGCUGCUCAGAGGUCUUGUUGCCAUGACGCUGCCUUGCCUAUCCUGCCAGAGAAUGGCCUCAGCAACCGCAUCGGUGGACUGUUUGAAAGUGCCAUAGCAACAGAGACGGGUUCUCGCUGUCCUUUACUUUGGAGGAUGUACAUGCACUUCCUGGUGUCAGAAGGUAAGGUGGAUAAAGCCACAGGGAUCUUCUACAGGGCUUUGCAGAAUAUCCCCUGGGCUAAGGGUUUGUACAUGGACGCAGUACAGCUGUUCCCUGAGCAUCUGCAAGAGUUUAUAGAUCUGAUGACAGAGAAAGAACUCAGACUCCGACUGCCAUUAGAAGAACUGGACAUACUACUGGAGGACUGAACGCACGCAUCUCAAUCAAGAACUUUAGUUUUCUUUACUGACAACAUGCUAACCACAUAUUGGCACACGUGAUGGAAAGAACAGGAGACUGUAUGCAAACUCAGAUGCUGACACACAUGUAGCUGCAGCAUUAAACAGUGAAGUUGCAGUUAUCUUAUCUGAAGAUGGGCAAGGAGCCGCCCUUUGUACAUUAUAUUGAAUGCUUUUUUGUCUCAGCAAAUCACUUGAACUGUUUUAGUAACUGACACUGUCAAUAAAUACGAUUCUCAUUCA